AUGGGGCAUCCCCCGCUGGAGUUCAGCGACUGCUACCUGGACAGUCCUGAUUUCCGUGAGAGGCUCAAGUGUUAUGAGCAGGAACUGGAGAGGACCAAUAAAUUCAUCAAAGAUGUGAUCAAAGACGGCAACGCGCUUAUCAGCGCAAUGAGAAAUUAUUCCUCUGCUGUUCAGAAAUUUUCUCAGACAUUGCAAUCUUUUCAGUUUGAUUUCAUUGGAGAUACACUGACUGAUGACGAGAUUAACAUUGCUGAAUCCUUCAAAGAAUUUGCUGAAUUGCUCAACGAAGUAGAAAACGAGAGGAUGAUGAUGGUACACAAUGCUAGUGAUUUGCUGAUCAAACCCCUGGAAAAUUUCCGGAAGGAACAAAUAGGCUUCACAAAGGAGCGGAAAAAGAAAUUUGAAAAGGAUGGAGAGAGGUUUUAUUCCUUGCUGGAUCGGCACUUACAUCUGUCUUCCAAAAAGAAAGAAUCUCAGUUACAAGAGGCAGACCUCCAGGUGGACAAGGAGAGGCACAAUUUCUUUGAGUCAUCCCUUGAUUAUGUUUAUCAAAUCCAGGAAGUUCAAGAGUCUAAGAAGUUCAAUAUUGUGGAGCCAGUCUUGGCCUUUCUUCAUAGCCUCUUCAUUUCCAACAGCUUGACUGUGGAACUAACACAGGAUUUCCUCCCGUAUAAACAACAGCUUCAGCUCAGUUUACAGAAUACAAGAAAUCAUUUCUCCAGUACCCGAGAAGAGAUGGAAGAACUUAAGAAAAGGAUGAAAGAAGCUCCACAGACAUGCAAACUUCCAGGACAGCCAACCAUUGAAGGCUAUCUCUAUACGCAAGAGAAAUGGGCUUUGGGAAUAUCCUGGGUGAAAUACUACUGCCAAUAUGAGAAAGAGACCAAAACGUUCACUAUGACGCCUAUGGAUCAGAAGCCAGGUGCUAAGCAGCAGGGGCCCUUGGACUUAACCCUGAAGUACUGUGUGAGAAGGAAGACGGAGUCUAUCGAUAAGAGAUUCUGUUUUGAUAUAGAAACAAAUGAAAGACCAGGAACCAUCACUCUGCAAGCUCUUUCAGAAGCUAACAGAAGACUAUGGAUGGAGGCUAUGGAUGGGAAAGAACCUAUCUACCACAGCCCUAUAACAAAACAGGAAGAAAUGGAACUGAAUGAAGUGGGGUUCAAGUUUGUUAGGAAGUGCAUCAAUAUAAUUGAGACCAAAGGAAUCAAGACAGAGGGAUUGUACCGUACCGUGGGCAGCAAUAUUCAGGUUCAGAAGCUGCUGAAUGCCUUUUUUGAUCCUAAAUGCCCAGGAGAUAUUGAUUUUCAUAAUAGUGACUGGGACAUUAAGACAAUCACCAGCUCCUUGAAAUUCUACCUCAGGAAUCUUUCUGAACCUGUCAUGACCUAUAGACUUCACAAAGAGCUGGUCUCUGCUGCCAAGUCUGACAACCUGGAUUAUCGAUUGGGAGCUAUUCACUCCCUGGUAUAUAAGCUACCAGAAAAGAACCGAGAGAUGUUGGAACUUCUUAUAAGACACUUGGUCAAUGUAUGUGAGCACAGCAAAGAGAAUCUUAUGACCCCCUCUAACAUGGGGGUGAUCUUUGGGCCCACUCUCAUGAGAGCUCAGGAGGACACUGUGGCUGCCAUGAUGAACAUCAAAUUCCAGAAUAUUGUGGUGGAAAUCCUAAUUGAGCACUUUGUCAAGAUCUAUUCAGGUCCACCUGAGGAAAGUACUGCACCCCCAGUGCCUCCACCUCGAGUAACAGCAAGAAGACACAAACCAAUUACAAUUUCAAAGCGCUUGCUGCGGGAAAGGACAGUUUUCUAUACUUCUUCCCUGGAUGAAAGUGAAGAUGAAAUUCAACAUAGAACACCCAAUGGUACUAUCAUCAGCAGCAUAGAACCCCCCAAGCCACCACAAUACCCCAAAAUGCCUAUGCAAAAAAGUGUGGAAGCAGAUCCUGGGAGGAAGUCCCCAAGCAGGCUUGUUUCAGAUGUCAAGUUGGAGACCUGCCUCGAGGUGGACGUGGGGAAAUUGGUGUCUAGGCUGCAGGAUGGAGGGACCAAGGCCAUACCAAAGGCCAGCAAUGGACCUGUGCCAGGCCCUGGGACCACUAAGGCCCCCUCUUUCCACAUAAAGAGAUCAGCACCUCGGCCCCUGGCUCACCACAAGGAGGGAGACUCUGACAGUUUCAGCAAAGUGCGGCCUCCGGGAGAAAAGCCAACCAUCAUCAGACCCCCAGUGAGGCCUCCAGACCCUCCCUGCCGGGCAACUACUUCCCAGAAACCAGAACCAAAGCCAGAUGUUAUGGCUGGCAAUGCAGGGGAAAUCCCAUCAUCUGUAGUGGCUUCCAGGACCAGAUUCUUUGAAACAGCUUCCCGGAAAACAGGAAGUUCUCAAGGCAGACUUCCUGGAGAUGAGAGUUGAGGCCUCAGGUUGUAAAAUCCUUGGCCUCAGGGGACCCUUUCCAGGUUCUAGAAGGGUCUUCUUCAAAUCCUUGUGUGCUGAAGAGCAGAUUCUUCCUGUCCCUGCACCUUCAGGCUCUGGGAGGCUAUAAAAUAAG